AUGGACUUCACCGCGGAGUUCAACAGAGAAGUUGAUGCUAUCCGUGAAGACAAGCGAUGCGGCGGCCUCAACGCAGACCUGCUGAACAAGGACAAGACGCGCAUGCUGCAGUUUAUUGCUCCUCUCGACGUCUUCGAGAAAGUGAUUUGUUUCCUGCUGCGACGUGCCGGCAUGGGGAUUGACGACGCAUCACAUGCUGGCGAAGACAUGGUGCGUCUCAUAGCCUCGAUCGACACUGAUGAGCUGCUCCAGUCAUUCAAGCCUUCCCUUGUCUGUCCUUUGGCUACUCAGAACUCCAUUGAUGGAGCCGUGGCCUUGACCAAGUGGUUCCGGCGCAUCCAGCACCUGUCCUUCAACGCUCCUGCCGAGAUCCAGAAGUUUCGAAAUGCUCGCCAGGACAUGGUGCAGCCUGUGCCACAGCCAACCAUGGACACCGCGGUUGCUCUGCUUGCGGAGUGCUCCAUGGCAACCUUUGACCCCGUCGCUUUCUUGGAGGCUUCAGCCAAAGACAAAGCUCAUUUGCUGCGCUUUGCUCAGGACCCUUUUUCCUCCGUGGCAGAAGUGAAGACAAGACUGUUUGAGCUGCUCCUGCUGUGUUUUCUUGGGUUCAUCGCCAUCUCUGACAGUGGCCGUUGGAGCCUGAUCCAGUAUGCGGCCGACGACGAGGAGUUCCUCAAAGCUGUUGAACGACUGCAGGUGUGGAUGGAGGAUCUCAGCAUUCCCCGCCUUAGAGCUUGCGUCCCAACUACAGCUGGGGCUGUGUGCCUCUUGGAUCAGAAGCAAGCUGACGCAUUUUGCAAAGCGCUCAAGGCCAUGGCGUAUGAUGGAGCAGCAGAGCCAACCACUGACAAGAGCCCGUUUCUGCGGCAGGCUCAAGCCAUGGACAUUCCUUUGACGCAGCCACCCGCAUCUUCCGGACAGUGUGCAAACCCAGACCUCCCCAGUUCCGAGCAGACAAGCACGGCGAACGCAGAGGCUGCAGAAGGCCAGCCUCCCCCAAAAAAGCUGCGAGGAGAGGCACCUUUGGUUGCAAGCAUGUUUUCUGAGAGCUUCAUUGCGGUGAAAGCUGCCACCAAGUCACACUUCUGCGCGCAGGCCGCUACGGUAGAGCAGUGGCGUGUCAACGCUUUUUUUAAGCGCACCUUCCCUCAAGCUUCGUCUGACUUGCUCCUGAACGUACCGCGUUGGUGGGUUGCUGCAGGACUGGCAGAGCGAGACCCCAAUCAAAAGGUCAGCACUAAAGUAAUCCUCAAAGCCCCGCCGCCCGACAUGCUGGAGACAGUUGCGGAUGCGCUGGCAGAUGUUUUCAGUUUCACCAAGGAGGAGAGGACCAGCCUUCUCCGCAUUUGGGACACUCGAGAUGUCUCCACCACGUUUAGCAAGGAUGACUUUGACAGCAUGUGCCGUCUCCUGCGAUGA